GACAGUGUCGCCAAGUUGAAGUGCUGGGUUAAGCCACAGGAAAUGCCCAAAGACACCAUGAGGACCAACAUCAUUUAUGUUAUUUCAGCCGGAGAGAUGCUUGGCUUUCAAGUUGUCGCCAUGCUGCGCUUCAUGCUGCUUUCUGCAAUGGUUCUACCAUGCUGGGCAGCAGGUGGUGACCAUGGAAACGCCACCACUUUGAACAAGGAGAAUUUCGAUGAGUUUCUCAAGGAGCAACGGCAUUCGCAGCGGGCUGCACUGGUGAUGUUCCAUGUCUCCUGGUGCAAGGCCUGCCAGAGGACCUUCCCAACCUUUGCAGCAGCCUCCAACGCGGUGAUCGAACUGGAAGUGCCGGUGGCCUUUGCCCAUGUGGAGUGCACAGAUGACAAGACGCUAUGUCAAAGAUUCCAGGUGCAAGGAUAUCCCACCAUCAAGUUAUUCUUCAGCGACGACCGGGAGCCACAGAACUUCCGUGGGCAUCGCAGCAUCGAAGGCUUCGUUCGCUAUGCGGAGCGCAUGACAGGCCCAGCCGUACGGCAGAUGAAGUGGGAGGAGUUGCAGAAGGCAAUGGCCAUGGAGACCUACAGUGCCAUUCUGGUCUCCGAGAGGCAAGCUGACGCAUUCAGUCCAGUGGCACGCCGUUGGAUGGACCGGCACCUGAUUGCCGCCGGGUUGGAUGAGUUGCCGGAGGUAUCAGUACCGGAAGGUGCCACUUUGGCUGUUUAUUCUCCUGCCAAACAGCAGUGGGGCCGCGCAGGCCCGGGCCCCCCAGCCGCAAGCUUCUACAAGGGUUCCUUGGACAACGAAUCCGCGGUGCAGGAGUGGAUUACGAUGCAUCGCUUUCCCGGCAUUUGGGCCUUGGGUGAGCUGAACUUCUAUGAGUUCACCCACAGUGACCGCAGCGCCGUGCUGCUGGCACUGGACGGCGGGGCCGCCAGCGAGGUGCUGGAGGCAGAGAUCCGCAGCGCGCAAGCGCAGCUGAAGGAGGACUUCGUCUUUGGCGCCAUGAAUGGCACCCACUGGUCAGAAGAGUUGAAACAUUUCAACAUCGAACCAAGUCAACUGCCACGAGUACUUCUCUCUGAGAGGAAUUUCGAGGUCUGGAUCGAGGACAUCGAGCACUUGCGGGCCACCUCUUUGACAGAAGACUUGCAGAAGCUCGUGAGUGGUGCACCCUUGUUGCGACAGGGUCGCACCUUGUCGUCCAAGAUCUUCUUCUACAAACGGGAGAUCUGGCGAACGUUGAAUUGGGCCAUGGCCAACAGCCAUAAACCAGAGGCUGUGGCCACCAUGGUUGCCUUCAUAGCAGUGCUAUCAGUUGUCUUGCUGGGAUUGGUGCUGAUCAUCAACACUUGCAGGAGUGGAUUCCCUGAAGAUGCUGAGAGGAAGCGAAAGUGA